GCCGGCGCCAAUGGCGGCAGGCGGAGGGGGAGGUUGACGGGUGCUGUUGCCUGUCGCGCCCAUUCAUCGCCGACGCCUUCCCCGGCCCUUGCCCUCCUUCCCGCGCCGUUAUGGAGGCGCUGAUCCCCGUCAUUAACAAGCUGCAGGACGUGUUUAACACGGUGGGGGCUGACAUCAUCCAGCUGCCGCAGAUCGUGGUGGUGGGCACACAGAGCAGUGGAAAGAGUUCUGUGUUGGAAAGUCUCGUGGGGAGGGAUCUGCUCCCACGAGGUACUGGAGUUGUCACCCGGAGACCCCUCAUUCUGCAGCUGGUGCAUGUUUCCCCAGAGGAUGGUCGGAAAACAGCUGGAGAUGAGAAUGACCCUGCUACAUGGAAAAAUGCAAGACACCUUUCUAAAGAGAUAGAUGCUGAAGAGUGGGGUAAAUUUCUUCACACCAAAAAUAAGAUCUAUACAGAUUUUGAUGAAAUUCGUCAGGAAAUAGAAAAUGAAACCGAGAGGAUUUCAGGAAACAACAAGGGGAUCAGUCCUGAACCUAUUCAUCUUAAGAUUUUUUCAUCUAAUGUUGUAAAUCUGACUCUUGUGGAUUUACCUGGAAUGACGAAGGUGCCUGUUGGUGAUCAGCCUAAGGACAUUGAACUGCAGAUAAGAGAGCUAAUCCUUCAAUUCAUCAGUAACCCAAAUUCAAUUAUUCUGGCAGUCACAGCAGCUAACACAGACAUGGCCACUUCAGAAGCACUUAAAAUUGCACGGGAGGUGGAUCCAGAUGGUCGAAGAACCCUUGCUGUUAUCACAAAGCUGGACCUCAUGGAUGCUGGCACUGAUGCUAUGGAUGUACUCUUGGGAAGAGUGAUUCCAGUCAAACUUGGCAUCAUUGGAGUAGUGAACAGGAGUCAGUUGGAUAUCAACAAUAAGAAGAGUGUAGCUGAUUCCAUUCGUGAUGAGUAUGGUUUUCUUCAGAAGAAGUAUCCUUCCCUAGCUAAUCGAAAUGGAACCAAGUACCUUGCUAGAACACUGAACAGACUACUGAUGCAUCAUAUCAGGGAUUGCUUGCCAGAACUGAAAACUAGAAUCAAUGUUUUAGCUGCUCAGUACCAGUCUUUACUAAACAGCUAUGGAGAACCUGUUGAGGACAAAAGUGCCACCUUAUUGCAGCUUAUUACCAAAUUUGCCACAGAAUAUUGUAACACUAUUGAAGGAACAGCAAAAUACAUAGAGACUUCGGAGCUGUGUGGUGGAGCCAGAAUCUGCUACAUUUUUCAUGAGACCUUUGGAAGAACUUUAGAAUCUGUUGACCCACUGGGUGGCCUUAACACUAUUGAUAUUCUGACUGCCAUUAGAAAUGCUACUGGUCCUCGUCCUGCCUUGUUUGUUCCUGAAGUUUCAUUUGAAUUGCUGGUGAAAAGGCAAAUCAAACGUUUAGAAGAGCCUAGCUUGCGCUGCGUGGAGCUGGUUCAUGAAGAAAUGCAGAGGAUUAUCCAGCAUUGUAGUAAUUACAGUACCCAGGAAUUGCUGAGGUUUCCUAAAUUGCACGAUGCCAUAGUCGAAGUAGUAACCUGUCUGCUGCGUAGGAGACUGCCUGUCACAAAUGAAAUGGUUCAUAAUCUAGUGGCCAUUGAGUUAGCUUAUAUCAAUACCAAACAUCCAGACUUUGCUGAUGCCUGUGGUUUAAUGAAUAACAACAUAGAGGAACAAAGGCGUAACAGGUUAGCCCGGGAAUUGCCUUCCGCUGUGCCACGAGACAAGUCUGCUAAAGCUCCAGGUGCAUUGCCACCUGCUUCCCAGGAGACUGUUACUGCUGCUUCUGCUGAGGCUGAUGGCAAGGCUGCUGCAGGAACAGGAGAUGCACCUCAGGAGCCUGGAACAGGCAAUUGGAGAGGAAUGCUGAAACCUUCAAAAGUGGAAGAGGUAUCAGCAGAGGAGAAAUCCAAGCCAGCUGCAGCCCUACCUGCUAGUCCUCAAAAAGGACAUGCUGUAAACCUACUAGAUGUGCCUGUACCUGUUGCACGCAAACUUUCUGCCCGUGAGCAACGAGAUUGUGAAGUGAUUGAACGACUUAUUAAAUCUUACUUCCUUAUUGUCAGGAAGAACAUUCAGGACAGUGUGCCAAAGGCAGUGAUGCAUUUUCUGGUGAAUCAUGUGAAAGACACGCUUCAGAGUGAGCUGGUAGGCCAGCUGUAUAAAUCCUUGUUGCUGGAUGACCUUCUGACAGAAUCCGAAGACAUGGCACAGCGCAGAAAAGAGGCAGCUGACAUGCUAAAGGCCCUGCAGCGAGCCAGUCAGAUCAUUGCAGAGAUUCGUGAGACACAUCUGUGGUGAAAGCUGUACCAACCAGCCACAGGAUUCAUGUGCAUCGGAGGUUACAUUGACUUGAAACUCGCUAGGCAUGGUGUACGGAGUAGCAUUUGUAUUUAUGAACUCUUUAUCUGUGUACUGCAACUGUGUAAAUCUGCUCAUGUAAAGACAGUUGGUUUCAUCUGCAGACAGAAAAAUAUGCUGUAUUUUGCAAAAUAAGUCAUAUUUAAUCUAUAUAUAAUAAACAGCUCUAAAUGUUUCUUUACCAGCUUUCUGGUGCAAAUUAAAGCAGACCAAGUGGACGGUCUCAGUGACAGUCUUACUCAAACUUGGGAAAAAACAACAUUAAAGUUCCAGUGCCUGACUUGCUAAACAGGUUACCUGUGGUUAAGAUGGACGGUGUAGUCUUGUGGCAUAGUUUCAAGCUGCUUUUACAAUAGAAGUUUAAAUACUGUGAAGAGAAGAGAGCACCGAGUAUUUUCUUUCAUGAAUUAUCUUGCAUGCACUAUGACAGAUGGAGGUGUCAAUUUUAUAGCACAGUAGAGAUGUCUACGUAUUACUAUGUAUGUGUGUCCCUAGGGUUUUUUUUUUCCCCCCAGAUGUUAAAACUGCAGAAAAAAACCUUUGAACUUCAUUUCAUGGAGUACCAUGUCGGGAGAAUUAGCCUGGAGCUUGCGAACAAGAACAGCCUUACUAAAGAGUAGGUGCAAAGUUAUUCCUGUGCACUGGAGCUUGUGUAUCAAUGUUGGAGAAUAUAAUCGGGUAUGAAAAACACCUUCCCCUUCCUUUCCCCUGGGACCAAGCCCUUGGACCAUCUGAUAGUAAAUCUGUUCUGGCAGAACUGCAAAAUAAAGAGAGAUUUUGAAACUGUUACAGGAUAGUAAGUGUUUAUUUUAAGAACAGGUUAAGUUGGCCAGGGAGAAAAGGAUCCCCCUAACUUCCACAUUUUGGAAUGUAUCACAGUGUGAAACAAAGCCUGUGGGAUUUGAGUAUUUACAGCAGAAAUUGCAGUUACUUUUGAGGAAAUUGUACUGUGCUGUAAGUAGCUUUUUUUUAUUUCUGUAUUGGUUUAUUUUUUGGGUUUGGUUGUGU